AUGAAGAAACACCAGAUCAGCCUCGAAAACAACCACAUCAACGACCGCCUGUUGGACUUGUGCACCUCAACUCAAAGCGUCUCAUCCCUCAUUUCUCAAGACCCUACAAUAAGUCCUGCGGACGCAUGGGAAAAGUUGUAUGGCAGAACCGCGCUGGCGAGUGCAGAAAACGAGAAAGAGCAUGCAAAUGGAGCAAUAGACGGGGACCUGUUGGAGCUGAAGAAGGCCGAGAUGUGUGGGAGAUGGGGAGACACGAAGCCGAGUGAGCUCUUUUUGAAGAUCUAUCAUGAUGCACUGUGCACGCUCAACGAGGAUCCUUCUCGGGGAAUGGUCAGUCCUUCGCUGAUGGGGUCCCACGGGACCAUUCCGCUAACUAUCAUUUCGACCAUACCCGACAUAUGUCGGCACAUUGCCAACGUCAUCGUGCGAGCCCAAACAGAGGUCUUUUUGGCAACAAACUACUGGCAAAAUGGUGCAGCAUCUGCCUACAUCACGGAAGCUAUCCGUGAGCUAGACCGCCGUGGAGCUGCCAGGGGUGGCCCAAGGGUAAAGGUCAAGAUCAUAUACGACCGAGGUAGCCCAAAACAAGUGUUCAAGCCACGUUAUUUCGUAUCGGAGAAGGACUUUGCCGGACCAAACGUCAACUUGCCUCGACGAUCAGAGAUCCCGAAUCUCGAGAUGGACGUGGUCAACUACCACCAGCCAGUCAUGGGUACCUUCCACGCUAAGUACGUGGUUGUCGACCGCAAGAUUGCGCUGCUCCAGAGCAACAAUGUCCAGGACAACGACAACCUGGAGAUGAUGAUCCACCUGGAGGGCCCCGUUGUCGAUUCUUUUGUCGAUGUCGCCCUGCUCUCCUGGGGCAAGCCCUGGGAUGGCUUCAGUGAAGUCCAAGAAGAGAUUGAACAAGCCGAUGGAAGCAUGGCAGCAGUAGCAAACGGCCGCGCUGUUUUGCCAGAUGCCAAUACCCUACCUCUCGACAGCAGCCUCCACACUCCGUCCCGCCCUCACCACGAUCCGGAUGUCGCCUCCGAAGUCGCCCGCUUCAACUCCUUCCUCACCCCGACCACGAACAAAACCCACCUCGACGCGGUCAACGCCCUGCUCAACCACACCACCAAUCCUUCCCUUCGCCCUGACCCAACCCUCAACCCUGAUCCUCCCGAGCCUGACCGCUUCACGCCUUACAUCCCGCAUUCCACCUCUCCCUUUCCCAUAGCACUAGUCACCCGCUCCCCUUACGGGCCCCCAACCCACCACUCCCUCCUCAACCCCCAAAACGCCGCCUGGCUCUCCGCGCUCAAACACGCUACAAAGACAGUCUUUAUCCAAUCCCCCACCCUCAACGCGGAACCGCUCAUCCCGGCCAUCAUCGAGGCCUGCGAGCGCGGGGUGGAGGUGACGUGUUGGAUAUGUCUGGGGUACAACGACGCGGGUGAGCUCCUACCCCAUCAAGGGGGUCACAACGAGAAGAUUGCGAAGGAGCUGUAUGGCUCUUUGUCAGAGGGUGGGAGGGAGAGGUUGAGGUAUGGGUGGUAUGUGGGGAGGGAUCAGACCGUGCCGAUUGUGCAGAGCAGGAGGGGGAGGUCGUGUCACGUCAAGAUCAUGGUUGUUGAUGGGGAGGUGGGCGUGAUGGGGAAUGGGAAUCAGGAUACGCAGAGUUGGUUUCAUAGUUGUGAGGUUAAUGUUUUGGUUGAUAGCAGGGAGGUUUGUGGGGAGUGGGUAAGGGGGUUGGGGAGGAAUCAGAAUACGGGGGUGUAUGGGCGGUUGGAUGGGGAGGAGGGGGUUUGGAGGGAUCGGGAGGGGAAAGAGGCGGAGGGGGCGAUUGGGCCUGGGGCUGGGGGAGGGGGGAUGGGGUGGGUUAGGGGCGUUGUUGGGGCUGUUAGGAGGGUUAAGGGGACGGGCGGGUUUUAG